UUUAUUAUAUUUUGUAUGAGAACUUUAUAAAAUUAUAAUAAUUAGAUGAAAUACUUCUUAUAUCCGAACGAGGUAGUUAAAUGUAUAAGAGGAAUUGUGUUAUUAAAUAGAUAAGCUUUGGUUAAUUUAAGAAAAAAUGCUAUAUGCAAUCGUUUUACAUAGUUGGGUCCCACUUUCUCCCUUUCUUCCUUCCUCUCUCUCUUCCAUUCUCUUUCUCAUCAUAUGGCCUUUUCUUUCUCUCACACCUCUCACUGAAUGCACUCCCACUUUCUCUCCAGAGUUUUUAGUUUUUUGUGUUUUGUGCUGGGAAUGAAGCACUCAAGCAACCAAGGAACCCGAUCUUGAGGGAGACGCAUUCCACAUAUCAUUUUAUUUGUUGAUCUUGCAAUGGGUCCUCUAAUGUUAGUCAAAUCCUUGCCGUGGCUUGUUAGAAAUGAAAUAGUUGACGAUUAUGAUGAUGAGAAAAAAAGAAACUCAUCUUAUAGUUGUUAAUUAUUUCUCAUUACUGGUCUCUUUUACUUGCUAACCACUUAAUUAUUCUAUUAUUUUAUAAUUAUUUUUAAAAAAAAAUACUAUUCAUCAUAUCGUAGCUAUUAGUUUUUAACUUUCUUACCUCCCCAAUUAAUUUUAAUGUUUGUUAAAAUAUGGAUACAAGUGUGAUUCAUUGGAUGGGACCAACUGACUCCUUUUAUAAUCAUUUUACGUAUUACGAUGUAAGCAUCUUUCUGAUCUUCCCAUGUGACCAGAGACUGGCAGAGAGUGGAUCGAUGAUUAAAAUCAACGUCCAUUCGUCAAUGGUAUAAGUAUUAUUGCAUUUAAGAUUCUUUGUGAUGAAUACUUAAAAAACUAAUGCAUAAAUGUUAAAUAAUUAUUCCUGCACGUUGCACACAGAAUUAGAUUUGACUUGACCUACCCUAAUCUAAUGGUGCUUAAAGGAUUUUUAAGCACCGUUAGUCGGAUCGGAGGGCUAGUACUUAGUAGUGAAAACUGUAAAGGGUAGGAAGAAAAAUAUAAUACAUAAAGGGGUGGCAGGACAACAGCCAAAACCACAUGAAGAGAAAAGAGAACAUUAUUAAUUUUGCAUUCAAGGAGGCCACGAUAAUUAUCUCACCGUCGAUAUUUUUGCUGUGUUUAUUUUGGCUUGAGUUUCUCUCUGGUUGUUUGAAAAGGAUUCUUUUGAUUUUUGGUAUCUACGUUUGGAGUCGUACAACUUGAGGUAAGAGACCAUCUCCUCCAACUUUACUUCUUUAUAUCUGUUUCCCUUUUCUGAAGAAUACCUUCCUGCAAUAAUAAGCAAACCGAAGCCAUUUAAAUUUAACCCUUUUAUUUUUAUUUAAUCGUGGCCAACCAACUGCCUGGAAUAACCCUUAUAAGAGAAAGGGAUGGAAAUCCAAUAUUUCAACCACGAGCAUCCCUUAGUAUUUAUAGAAGGUGUUGGCGAGAAUGAAGUAAUUGUUUGCAGAGGGUGUGACGAACCCAUCUUGGAUGCCGCCUACAAAUGCUCUCAAUACUGUAGCUUUUUCCUUCAUAAAUCUUGUACUGAACUGCAACGAGAGAUACAAAACCCCGUACACCCAAACCACCCUCUCGUUCUCAUCGCAUUGGAGAGAAGACGUUGUGAUUGCUGCCGUAAGUCUUCCAAAAGAUGCUUCGUUUACCAUUGCAAGGAGUGCGGUUUCGACCUUGACAUCAAAUGCGCUUCCAACUUGCAAUCCAGAACUGCCGAGGACGGUCAUCGACACGUAUUCACUCCUAUCUUGAAGCAUAUUCAAUUCACUUGUGAUAUCUGUGGUGAAGAUCGCAAAGACUGCGCCCGUGUAUGUACCAUCUGUCAACUCUUGGUUGAUGGAUUCUGUGCUCAAUUAGCAUGCACCGUUGAAAUUGCAGCACACAAAGAUCACUUCCUCACUCUUAUAUAUUCUCUUCAUCAUCAAGUCAAGGAACAAGAUGAUCAAAUACUCUGCCAACUCUGUUAUAAAACGGUCAACACGAAGUAUGGGGCUUAUUAUUGUAAAAUAUGUGAUUUCGUUGCCCACUUGAAAUGUGCAAAAAGGAAUUCGCUUCAGCAAUUUGACAACUUAGACGCGAGUGUAUAUCCCCAGUACUUGUCUAUGGAUUCGGUUGAUUUUGCAACUAAUGUUAUCAAAGAGAUCAGCCUAGAAGAAGAUGAAGGGACUCAGGAUAUUCUCGCAGAACACCCCUUUGUGGGGAGACAUAACUUCAUCCUUACUGAUAAGAAACUCGAGGAUGACAAGUUGUGUGCGGUGUGUAUGCAAUUAAUCUUGGGCUCAUUUUACAGUUGUGCUACAUGUAGUGGAAAAUGCAACAUAUUCAUCCAUGAUAGAUGUCGUAAUCUACCCAUAAAGAAGCAACACUUACUUCACCUGCACCCGCUCACUCUCUCGUUGGGUAACAGAUACAUUGGUGGGACGUUCCAUUGUAGAGUUUGUCAGCAUCUUCGCCACGGCUUCCGGUACAGGUGUGAUGAGUGUAACUAUGAUCUUAACAUUCAUUGCUCUUCGAUUCCCAACAUCGUUAAACAUGAAGGUCAUCAACACUCCCUUCGCCUUGCUAUAAGGCCUUUGGAUGAAAUAUGCAAUGGUUGCGAUAGUCGGAUGAAUACCAGAGGUAAAUUUGUAUGCAUCGAACCUGAAUGCAAUUUUGCCUUGGGUUUUGAAUGUGCAAUUCUCCCGCUCGUGGUGAAGUAUGAAUAUGACAGACAUGGUCUUCUCAAACUUACUUACAGUGUAGAAGACGAUUCUGGAGAAUAUUAUUGUUUUAUUUGCGAGAAAGAAAGAAAUCCAAAGCAAUGGUUUUACUAUUGUGGAGAAUGUGAUUUUGUUGCUCAUCCCAAAUGUAUUAUUGGGAAGUAUCCAUACAUUAAAUAUGGAUCUACUUUUAGAUUCCAUCCUCACCAACAUCUCCUCACUUUUGUUCGGAAGAUGCAAUUCUCCCUUCCGUGCGACAGUUGCAACGAACCUUUUGAAGGUCUAGGCAUAGAAUGUAAGCAGUGCGAGUUUAUUGUUUAUCCGAGUAUGAGGUGUGACGGAAAAUACUCGAUCUGAAAGAAUCAAAAAAGUGACUAUUAAUUAGCUAGUGAUAUUAAUUGUAAAAUAGAGUGACUAGCUAGCUAUAUAUAGCUGUAUAAUGUAUUUAUAAGCUGUACGUGGCUAAUUGAUUUGGAUUGAUGUUUUUAUUUUC